AUGGGCCAAUGUCUAAAUAAAUAUUCUGGUCAAAUGUCAAGAGCAACACCAACUAAUGCAUCUUCGAUAAAACAUGUGAAAAAGAAGGCAAAAAAGGAUUUAUACGAGUUUAAUAAUACGACUAAAAAGUUAUUUCUACAUUCAAGUCAAGAUUCAUCCAUUAGUCAACGUAAUUCAUUACAGCAAAGAACAACUAACAGUCUUUUGUCUCGCACACAUCAUCACCAACAUCAGCAGCUGCCUAAAACACAAUUAGAACCGCGUCGUGAUAUACCGAUUCAUAAAAUUCCUGAAUUACUUGCUAAAAUUACUUGCCAUAUAUCACCAUCAUCGGAUAAAUAUUCUUCUCAACAACAUACAACAAAUUCUGCAAGAGCCGUACAACUAUCUGAUCAACGAAUUGAGACUCUAUUUGAAAGCUACUGUGAUCACCAAGCAACAGAGAAAGUGAUUAAUAUUGAUGGUAUAAUUAGAUUUUGCCAUGAUUUACAAUUAAAUCCAGAAUCAUUCGAAAUUCUUGUAUUAGCAUGGAUAUUUCGUGCCCAACAAAUGUAUCAAUUUACUCAUGAUGAAUUUAUUGGAGGAUUCAAAACAAUGAAAUGUGAUAAUAUUAAUGAUUUAAGAACAAAACUAUGUACUUAUCUUGAACAAGAACUGUUAAUCAAUGAUUAUCUGUUUUAUAAAGACUUUUAUUCUUGGACAUACUAUUAUGGUUUAGAUCGUUCGAAUGGUCAACGAAAUUUAUGCAUUAACAUUGCUUGUAGUUUAUGGCGUUUAAUUUAUUCAGAAGUAAAACAACGGCCAAGGAUCUUGGAUUCAUGGUUAAAUUAUUUGGAAAAUGUACAAACUCACAUUAAAUUUACCACAUUUGAUACAUGGAAUGUAUGGCCUCAAUUUUCUAAAUAUAUUGAAAAUAAUUUAGACAACUAUGAUGAUUCCGAAGCAUGGCCAUGUUUAUUCGAUGAAUUUGUUGAGUAUGAAAGACAGAAUAAACAGCAGAUAACAACAACAACAGAUUCAAUGAUGACAUGA